UUCUAUAGGGACCAUGGAUUCAAAGGCACAGCACAACCGAAUGGAUGAUGACAAGUACUUGCAUCAGGCGCGUCAAGAGACGGACAAGAAUAUGCAGCGAGAGCGAGAGGUGAUGGACAAGAAUCUGAAGCAGGAGCGGGCAACCGUGGACCGCAUGAGGAAGGAGGAGCGUGCAGCCGUGGAACAGAUGAUGACUGAGGAGCGUGCAGCCAUGGAUCAGAGGUUGAAGCAUUUCCAUGACGAUAUGGACCUAAAGUUGAAGCAGGAGCGCAAGGACCUGGAUCGCGCUAUGCAACUCGAGCGUGGCAGGAUGGAAUUCAAUAUCAUGCAGGCGCGUGCGAACAUGGACCGUAUGUUGCAGGAGGAGCGUAAUGACAUGAAUCACAAGGCCAAGAUGGAGGGGAUCCGCAUGGAAGGGAAUAUGAUGCAAGACCGCGUUCUACAUCUCGAGCGUGGUAAAAUGGGCUUCAAUAACAUGCAGACGCGUGCGGGCAUGGACCUUAACUUACCAAAGGACCGCAAUGAUCUGGAUUACAAGGCCAAGAUGGAGCAGAUCCGCAUGGAAGGAAAUACGAUGCAGGACCGUGCUAAUACACGUCUGAAGGAUGAGAAGGCCAAAAUGGAGGAGAUCCGCAUGGAAGGGGGUAUGAUGCAAGACCAUGCUAGUACAGGCACGAAGGUACCUUUCAUUAUUUACUUAUUAUUCAUUAAAUUAUCCACACACAAACCAAAAUCAAUUUAUAUCAACAGCAUGCUCAGGCACAACAAGACAUCCCUACACCAGAGCAAUAUGUCUCAUCAGUACCUCUACAGGCAGAACAAGACAUCCGUUCACCAGAGCAAUCUGUCUCAUCACCACCUCGGCAGGCAAAAUGCGACAUCCCACCACCGGAACAAUCUGUCUCAUCACCACGUCACCGAGUAA